CACAGUCACUAAUAUUCCAAUCUCCAGACUUCCUUAACUGUCUGUAUUGAAGGAUAAUGAUACAGCUUCAGAACUACAAAGGAUCUGUCAAUUCCAGAUGCGUCACUGUAAAAAGUGGGGUAUGUUCAAGAGCACCUGCAUGUACUUCGUUCUCCUUCCUUAAACGGGAUCUAUUCUGAAUUUGCCGUGCAGAAGGUAAAACAGUGCCUUCACCGCACACCACCAACACCAGUCCCCCACUGCCCCCCGCCCCCAAAGCCCCACUUUACUGAUGCACGUACUCCAGCGAGCACAUCCACCAUGCAAGUGGACAUAGGUGUGGAAGCAUCUCUGCACUGGCGACAAAGGACUAUUGUGCUUGUGUCACGUCGCUCGGAACCCCCGGAGGACUCCCGCUCCCAUCGCACGGUUUCCAGCCCGACGGGGAUUAAGCUCUUCCCCAGGGGAGGUGUGAUGCUGGGCACGGCGUCCCGUCUCCCCAGCCCGCGACUGGGGCAACCCGACGUCCUCUCCCCCCACACCGCCCGCUGCCGGGCGGGCAGCGCCGUCCGCCGCUCACCCACAGCGCUGGGGGGGCCGGGGACGAGGCCGGGCGGGCGGGCGGGCGGUGGUGGAGGGUCCGCUGCGCCGCGUCCCGCCGGCUCUCGCCCCCCGCAGCCCACUCACCGGGGGGCGCACGGCGGGGCAAGGGGGGAGCAGACCGACGCCGCGGUCUCCUCUUCUCCCCCCAGAGGCUCCCCGAAAGUUACUCUACCCUCACGGGCGGGCUCCCCGUGGCCGCCACCCCCGACGGCACCCCCACCGCUUACCUGGCGGCUGCCUGGGGGCUCCCUCACGGUGAGCGGCGGCGGGGCGCGCCGCAGCCGAGGCUGCCUCUGCCGCCACCUUCACAGCCCCCUCCCGAGAUGAGUGAUGCGCGGGGCGGCGGCGGGGAGCGGACGGCGAGCCGUGACAUUUAACCGGGCGUCAGCAGGGUCGUGCCGGCCCCUCGGCGCAGGCGGGGGUGCCUCUCCUCCCUGGCGAUCACCGCCCUCCUCUCCGCGGGCAGGCUGAGGCGCAGGGCGAAGCCCAGUCCAUCCCCGGAGACCCAGACGCAGCGCGCUGCCCGAGCCGCUGGCGGCUCCUUUCCUCUCCUCUCCUCCCGCCUGGCAGUCACCGCUGCCCCUUCCCUGCAGCGAGGGGCGACAGACGCGGCAGCCGCAGCCGGGCGGCGGAGGCGAGGGCUGGGCUGGCCGCCUGCCCCUCGGUGGGGCCAGGCACCAGGGGGACAGCAGCGGGGCGCGGUGGCGGGCGGGCGAGCGAGCGAGGCGGCGGCUCCGGCAGCGCGGGGAGGCAGCGCCAGCUCGAGGUGGCCGCGUCCGAGGCCUCCUCGAGACCGUGCUGUGGAGAGGACGGUGGCCUUUGACGGUGUGAGGGCGUCUCCAGCCUCUUCCCCGCUUGCUUGUCUUGCGCUUGCUGCUGGAAGAGCUGUUGCUGCCCCUGUUCCUCCCUGCACUUCGCGAAGUCAGCGCUGCAUGAGUUUUGGAGCUCGGUACCCACUCUGUGUUCUUUGUCCUGUUUGAAACAGUUGCGUUUGACACAUUUUUUAACGGAGUACGUGGAGUGUCAGGGAUGAAUGAAGAAGUAAAAAUAAAUAACUGAACAUCUGAAAAAAAAGCCUCUUCAGUCUCUGGAAAAUCUUGUCUUCAGUGGUAACCACGAGAUUUUCUAACAGUAGAGUAUAAGCAAAUUCUCAUUCUUAGGUGUAUCAGAAGAAAUUCAUCCUCUCAGGGCCUUGUGAAAACUUACAAGCCUUAAUGGAUCUCACCAUGGCCCUUGGCCCAAGAGCCCCAUUUCUGAAGACUAUGGAACUACAUGUUAAGGCAGACACAUCUGCCACUGGGAAUGUCCUGGGCCCUGGCUCUCCAUAUCCUUGAGGAAGCAGACGACUGCUACUGCUUCUGGACAAUAACCUCCCUGAUUAAUGCCAUUUGAGUUGCUUUCUUUGGAAUUAAUGUGAAAUUUCAUUCACUGUUUUUUUUUAGAAUAAAUGUUCCACAAUUUUGGAACUUCAGAAUACAUUAUCUGUGUCUGUAUAAACCCUCUCCUGGACACGUGUGAUUGCUUUUGCAUGCAAAUAAUUUUAUCAAGGAACAGAAAGUAUGCAGUAUUUCAAUUCACUUAUAAUAUCAAUCUAAGGGUGAAUGGUGUAUGAUAACUUGCACAAUGUAUGUUAAAUUAUGCAAAUGUUUUACUGCCAAAAACUGUGAGAAAUUCCACUCCUUCACCCCCUGUCCACUGAUGAUUAAUGAGACCAUAUUAAGCGUGAACACAGGUGCUUUCAUCUCACUGGGAAAGAGUAUGUAAACUAAAUAACAAUAAGAGUUGUAUUACAUUUCUAAAAUUCUAACACUGAAAAUAAAUAUUUUGUUAUUGAAAAUAGUAUGGAUGAUGGCUUCGAAUUUUCCUAAAAAGUAAAUGGAUUCCAUCUUGAUUUACAACCAUUUCUACUUCAGAAUGGUAAGAACAUAUGUACAUACAACUUUAAAUUAAAACAGCAGUUGCAUUGGUAAAAUAAUUAAAAUUAUGAUUAUAUUAUUA